CCGGCUGCGCAGAGUUGUGCAGCAACUUCCUAGAUCAGAUGAAUUUUAAACGCUAAAUAACUAAUUUCCCGUCCUUCAGAUAUCCCACUGUGAAUUUGAACUCUGUAGUUAAAGUGUUGUGCUAUAUGACAACGACUUGUUAUUCUGUAAAUAUAAAUAUUUUCCGACCUAAAGUAGGAACUGAACUUGUCCGGCUAGCUAGCUAGGCUAACCCUUCCAUGGCUCCUCUCCGGGUUCUGUGCAUACACGGUUACCGUCAGAACGGCAGCUCGUUCCGUGAAAAGACGGGAGCUCUGCGGAAGCUGCUGAAGAAACAGGUGGAGCUUGUUUAUCUGAGCGCGCCGCUCAGCGUGCAGCAAGCCGGCAGUGAAGAAGCCCCAGUGAAGGAGAAUGGUUCAGGUCCUGGCCCUGGAGGUGACGAGGAUCCCAGGGGAUGGUGGUUUUCUGACGUCCAGGCUCGGAGUUUCAACGCUCAGCAGCAGUGUGAGGAAAGCCUGGGGCUUGAUGAGAGCGUGACAGUUGUGAGAGAAGCUGUGAAGGACCAAGGUCCAUUUGAUGGCAUUCUGGGCUUUAGUCAGGGAGCAGCAUUUGUGGCUAUGCUGUGCUCUCUUCAGGAGCAAAAACUGGAGCCGGAGUUCAGCUUCCGCUUUGCCAUCCUUGUCGCUGGUUUCCGCAGUGCGUGUAAGGAACACCAAAAAUUCUACAACGCUCCCCUCCAAAUCCCCUCCCUGCAUGUGUUUGGACUGGAGGACCGAGUCAUCCCUGACAACAUGAGCAGGGAGCUCCUCCCCUCUUUUCAAGACCCUCAGGUCCUGACACAUCCCGGUGGCCAUUUUGUUCCUGCUGCAUCCACUCACAGACAAACCUACCAGGACUUUCUCAAGAGGUUCCAGUGAGAAGAGCUACAAUUUGUGAAUAAGACUCCAGCACUUAAAUAUGGCCAGGGCAUGCUGAUUAUUUAAUGUUGUGGCAUCUUAUGAUAACAUAAUUGAUCCCAGAGGCACUUCGGCGCAAGGUCCUCCUCUGAUCUGAUCCAUCCAAAACAAUUCAAAGACUGCUGGCCUUCUCAGGGAAGAUGUCUUGUAAUAGUCAAUAAAUAAGAUGA